AUGGUGCGCUCCCCGCUGUCAGCCUGGCUUGCAGAGCACAUCAUCGAACUGCGCUUCCACUACAUCAUCCCUCUUGGCUAUCCACUCCGGACAGCUCUCGUUCGUUUCCUCCCUGCCUGCCGUCACAUCCGGCAUGAUUUCCACGACAAACCCACCUGCAUGUUGCUAUCGCACAACGCAGCUCUGAAGAGCUCACUGUGGAGCAUCACCUCUUUGACACUCAUCAAUUGCAACUUUCCAUCAUUCCGAAUCGUGCUCCGUGUACUAGGGGAUAUCACCUACCUGGAAAAAGUUGCUUUCUGGAAGAUCAAGUGGUCAAAUGACCAGCUCACAACAGCUGAUACUGUGAGUGACGUCUGCACGGGAGCCUUCAGCCAUAUCCGCUCAGUUGAAAUGGAUUUCUGCACGAACAACAUGGCAGUGCCGGCUUGGAUCCUAGCCGCCGCAAGUACGCAACACUCGUUCACCAGACGUCGGACGCCUGAGCCGACAGCCCCUGCACAAACGUGGGCCAUCAUCAAGCUCUUCCAGAGAUUCUUGGGUGACAGCAUGUACAAUUCGUGGUUUGAUGUCAAGGAGGCAACUGCAGGAUCGGACACCGCAUACAUCUCAGUCCAGGUGGUCAAGUCUGCACCUGCCGCUAACAACAAUCAGGCCUGGUCUGUCCGCCAGAUCGUCCUUGCUUACGGACCCCACAAAAAUUCUCACGCGUAUUUUUACUCUCGCGAUUGGUCCAUGAUCGCCUCUCUUCUACUCGCGUUCUCACAACUACAACAGUUCCAGGUCCUCUGCGGGAGAAAUUGCUCGGAAAAGGACUUCCGCCUGCUCUCUGACAAGAUUGCGGGGGCAGUCAACAACGGUGUGCGUCUGCUCGUCACACCUCAACAGGCGUGCUCAAUUCUACAUGGAUAG